GGCAGAGCGGUUAGUCGGGCUCGAAGAGCGAGUUAGUCGUCGUCCAACUGUGUCAGCGAUUGAGCAAAUUGAAACGACGGUGCCGGUGGCACGUAAUAUGUCAUACAGAAUUACGGUAUUUUGAAAAUUCCAGUCUAUGAGCAUGGGGACCUUUCUACGUUUGUUCGGGAUCUCGACGGACGAUAAUCGAAUAGAUCAGGCGACAGGGUUGACGGAGAAACAAAAGAAAUUAGUGCAGAACACAUGGGCCGUAAUAAGAAAGGACGAAGUUGGCUCUGGUAUUGCCGUGAUGACCGCAUUUUUUACAAAAUAUCCAGAAUAUCAGCGGUACUUUAGUGCCUUCAAGGACACUCCAAUAGAUGAACUGCCAGAUAAUAAAAGGUUUCAGGCUCAUUGUGCUAGUGUAAUUACGGCCUUAAGUAAUGUUAUCGAUUCCUUGCACGACCCAGGAUUAAUGGAGGCAAGCUUAAUCGGCUUGGCCGAGAGGCAUAAAAUUCGCGGCCAGAGAAAAGAAGAAUUUCAGAAUUUGAAGGACGUGGUAUUAGAAGUUCUUCGCCAAGCACUGGGAAAACAAUUCACACCGGAAGUUGCAGAAGCAUGGAGGAAAACUCUGGAUGCGGCAUUCACGAAAAUUUAUCAAGUUUAUGAUUCUUGAAGUACAAGUUACGACGUACGUGCGAAGAUAAUGCACCCUUUCUUUUUAUUAAGCAUUAAGUAAUUAUAUACUGUAUAUAAAGCGCACCAUUUUACACGUUCGUACAAUUACAAUGUACUCAAACAAAAUGAAGAAAUGUCUCGCGAUCUGUUGCGCGUUUCAAACAAAAUUAUGAUUGUUUUUAUGUUGGGAUUAUUAUUUUUCAUGUAUACUAAUAUGUUAUGUAAUACAUAAAUGUACGCAUUUAUAAUAUGUA